AUGAGCGGCAAUGCGUUGAUUACAAAACUAAGGUCUAUCAAGGCCAUACUUUCCACGCCGACUCUUGUAAUAGAGCGGCAGAUUGAGUUCGGUAACCUGAUCUUUGGGUUUGAACAACGGAACAAGUACACCAUAAACAACCCUGCAGGGGAGACACUGGGUUACAUUUUGGAGAGGGAGAGGUCGUUGAGCCAGGUGGUGUUACGGCAAUUUACGAAACUGCACCGGCCCUUCGUUGUUGAUGUAUUUGAUCGGGACGACAAUUACUUGUUCAAGAUGCAGAGGAACUUUUCUUUCAUAAACUCGAAAGUUCAUAUUUGGAAUGAGACUGGACAAGAUGUACCUUCUAUGCCCGAUGAUUUUCUGGUCGGCACGAGUAUGCAGAGGUGGCAUCUUUGGAGGAGGAAGUAUGACCUGUUCGUCAAUAGUAAUCAGGGCAAAUCGAGGGAGUUGAAGCAAUUUGGGGCGAUUGAUGCGCCGUUCCUGUCGUUUGAUUUCCCUGUCUUGGAUGAGGCCGGGAAAGUUGUUGCCAGUGUAGACCGUAAUUGGGUUGGUCUCGGUCGGGAGUUGUUUACGGAUACUGGUGUUUAUAUCAUUAGAUUUGAUUCGCAACGAAGUUUCAAAGGGGUCUACGACCAGUCCAUGUUGAGUAAUGAGGUGUUAAACUUGAACGAGAGGGCUGUUCUAUUGGGGAACGCUAUAUCGAUCGACUUUGAUUAUUUCUCGCGACACUCACGAGACGCGACAAACGGGGGACUUUUCUCCCUUGGAGGCGGGAACUAUGAGUAG